UGAAAAUAGUGAAAUAAAAUGGGAAGACUAAAGAAGACUAAGGUAGCAAUGUCAAAAAGAAAUUUAAAAUCUGCUCUAUCAAGGUGGGCGAAUAACCAAAACAGUAAUGUUCAAUGUGAAACUUCAAAUGAAAACAAUUUGUCCACAGUUGAGGUUAGGCCUAUGUCUAAUACAAGUGAAUCUGUUUCCUCUUCAGCUACAGGUGAUGAAAACACAACUGAAAUCCAACCAAAUAAAACAGGGUUUGCUUUAUACAAAACAUACAAUGAACAGAUACCGAUCGACGAAAGUGCUGUUUCAUAUAUCUUUGUAGUCAAAGACAAUCUUGUAAAUCUAGUCAGUAUGUUUGCUUGCCCUAAUUGCCUGGAUGUAAAUUGCUUGUCUCUUGUUGAUGAUUCUGUACAAGGUUAUAAUAACAGAUUUACCAUAAUUUGUUCUGAAUGUGAGUUUUCCAAGCCUUUUGAGACAUCGCAACGUAUUGCACGAUCUCCAGGUGUCAAAUCAAAAGUACUUCCAUACGAUAUAAAUCGAAGGGUUGUUCAUGCUUUCAGUAGUAUUGGGAGGGGGCCAAGAAGCCUAGAACAGUUUAGUAUGUACUUCAACAUGAAAGCCAUGAACCCUAAUUCAUACAACAAAACAAAAAAUGUGCUAUGUAAAAUUGCUGAACGAAACGUUCAAAAGAACUUGGAACAGGCGCGUAUUGAAGUUCGUAAGGCCCACACUGAUCUUUGUUCGCUGGACGACAAUACUAUUUUAGAUCUUACAGUAAGCUACGAUGGUAGCUGGCACAAGAGGGGUUUUACUUCUAAGUAUGGCAUAGGCUGUUGUAUUGAACUUACAACAGGAUUAGUUAUAGAUGUAGAAGUAAUUUCAAAGUAUUGUCGAUUGUGUGAAAGUAUGGGACAAAAGUUGAAGGAUAGUCCACAACAAUUUCAACUUUGGAAAGAAAGCCACAAAGAACAAUGCCAAUGUAACUUUGAAGGCUCAUCACCCAUGAUGGAAUCGGAGGCGGCGAAAAGAAUUUGGCAACGUUCAUUGCAGCACAACUUCCGGUAUACCUGCAUGAUUUCUGAUGGUGAUUCCAAAACCCAUGGACAUCUGAAUGAUCUCAAAAUCUAUGAUAAAGAAAUUGAAAAGGUAGAAUGUAUUAACCACGUGGCAAAAAGGUUAGGUACAGGUCUUCGAAAUGUGAGAAUUGAAAGUACGAAAGCUAAAGCUCCGAUAGGGGGCAAAAAGUUUGGCAGUCUAAAGGACAGUACCAUAACGAAACUCACAGGAUAUUAUCGCAAUGCGAUACAGAACAAUCUUGGUAGUGUAGCUGGAAUGAAGAACGCUAUUUAUGCAACCCUAGACCAUUGCCAAUCGACUGAUGAAAAACCAAUGCAUUCUCGGUGUCCAAACGGUGAAGACUCGUGGUGUUUUUUUCAACGGGCAAUUUCAAGGAAGGAGCAACCUCCCCCUCAUGAUGGGAAAAUAGCAACUCCACUAAGACCAGAUGUUGUAGCUAAGAUUAUGCCUCUAUACCAGAGAUUAGCCUCAGACUACCUUCUGUCAAGAUGUGUUGACGGAAAAACACAAAAUGCGAAUGAAGCGUUGCAUGGUCUGCUGUGGUCUAAAUGUCCAAAGACAGUAUUCGUUUCCAAAAGCACUCUAACAAUGAGGAUAUAUGAAGGUAUUUGUCAAUACAAUACAGGUUAUUUGAAAAGUGUUUUUGAGCACCAAAUUGCCAGUACUGCUUCAAGCCCAGGAAUCAAUACAACUAAAAUUGCAAACCGACUGGACGUCAUUAGGCUAAGGAAUGCGCAGAAAAAGAAGAACAAAAAAUAUCUGUUGUACCUGAAAAAGAAGAGGAUAGCUCAAAUAAGAGAAGAAGAGAGAAGAAUAGAGCAAGAGGGACUAUCCUAUGGACCUGGGAAAUUUUAGUAGGUUCAAAUUUGACCUUAGCCAAAUGGGCAUGCGUGAAUUCUUAGCUAAAGAUGUGGCCUACAAUUCAAGACUACAAUCAUUAAAAUAGCAUAAGUAUUUUCAAAGAUAUAUCAGUUUGAAAAAUACCAAAAAAAUGUUAAUUUUUUAAAAUAAAUAUUAUUUACC